ACAAGGAACGCUACCAGCCUCUGGCCCAGCUAUGCUGGACGAGGAAUCCAUCGCCUUUAUCUGUAUAAUAAGAGGAAAUAUCAACCAGCUAACAGCCAACAACGUACGACAGGCUAAACAGCUCGAGAGACAGGCAAUUAAGCUCCUAACAAGACGACUUCAAGAAGCCCGUACGACACCGCCUCCUACAGGAGCUCACGUCAGCGCUAUAAAUACGACCAACCAAACGAGCGAGGCGACUGCUCCAGCCCCACCCGUACGAAGUUACCCCAAGCCUAGACUCCCUAACGCUAAGCUCUUCGCAGACGGAGCGGCUUACCUAAGUAAGGAACUUAAAACCUACUAUAUUAUCACACGUACGAAAGGACGAGCUUUUAAUGCGCUCUAUGCGUACGUCCAAGCUCUUAUAAACAGCACUCUAACAGCCACGACAGCUGGACUAUAG